CGGAGGCGAGGGGGCCGGAGCGGAGGAAGCUCGGUUGUUGGAUGGCUUCCGCACUGACCGUCAAAUCUGAGAGGCAAAUGCUGAUAGAAGACGGGGUGUCCCCGGCCAAGAAGCCCAGAAAACUUCUCCCGAGCCUAAAAACCAAGAGGCCCCAGGAGCUGGUCCUGGUGAUCGGGACGGGGAUCAGCGCAGCCGUCGCACCCCAGGUCCCGGCACUGAAGUCCUGGAAAGGGUUAAUCCAGGCCCUUCUAGACGCUGCGAAUGACUUCGACCUCCUGGAAGACGAGGAAAGCAAGAAGUUCCAGAAAUGUCUCCACGAGGACAAGAACCUCAUCCAUGUGGCUCACGAUCUGAUCCAGAAGCUGUCGCCGCGUACGAGCAACGUGCGCUCCACCUUCUUCAAGGACUGCCUGUACGAGGUGUUUGACGACCUGGAGUCCAAGAUGGAGGAUUCCGGGAAGCAGCUCCUGCAGUCCGUCUUGCAGCUGAUGGAGAACGGAGCUCUGGUCCUGACCACGAACUUCGACAACUUGCUGGAGAUCUACGCCUUCCACCAGGGGAAGCAGCUGGAGUCGCUGGAUCUGACCGACGAGAAGAAGGUGCUGGAAUGGGCUCAGGAGAAGAAGAAGCUGAGCGUCCUGCACAUCCACGGCGUCUACACCAACCCCAGCGGCAUAGUCCUGCACCCGGCCGGCUACCAGAACGUUCUCCGUAACACUGAGGUCAUGCGGGAGAUCCAGAAGCUCUACGAGACCAAAUCUUUCCUGUUCCUGGGCUGCGGCCGCACCGUGGACGACACGACGUUCCAGGCCCUCUUCCUCGAGGCGGUGAAGCACAAGUCGGACCUGGAACAUUUCAUGUUGGUUCGGCGGGAGGAUGUCGACGAGUUCAAGAAACUGCGGGAGAACAUGCUGGACAAGGGCAUCAAGGUGAUCUCGUACGGCACGGAAUACUCCGACCUGCCCGAGUACUUCGAGAGACUGGCCAACGAAAUCUCCAACCGCGGCAGAGCCGGAACAACAAGAGAGACCCCCGCGAGGAACGGACCGGGUCACGCAAACUGCCUGAGUAAAGAGCCCAGCAGCUGAGACAUCGACGCUUCCCGAGACGCUUGGGGCGGAGAGGCAGAGAUUUGCCGGGAAGGGGCCGAGCAAGUGCCGGGAUUAUCAACCGCGAUAACCCAAGCGGACCUCACCGUGCCGGGAUUAUCAACCGCGAUAACCCAAGCAGACCCCACCGGGAGAUUGCAGUGACUUCUCGCCUCGUCUGCGGAGGGACCGUCUGUGAAUAUUCAACGGAAACACCGCACUGCAAGCCCCCGGAGCUCGUCCCAGAUGCAUCGGAAAUGGUUUUCCCCCUUGUUAUUUAUUUUAAAAGGAUGAUUGUAGUUUUUGGCUCUAAUUAUUGCCGCACUGACAGCCCCCCCCUUAUUAAUAGGGACAAAAACUGCUCUAUGGGGUGGGAGACGUGAAUCUCCGCGACACAAACCCCAUUUGUACUGUGAAUAUAAGAUUUAGGACGCGCGCCGAGGCCCGGGACCCCCCGAUGCUGGGAUUAUCUGUCGGGUAACGUUUGGCUCCUUCGGACAGGGGAAUAAAACCCGAAUCCCGCGUUCCCGCCACGCGCAGGACUUUUAAACUGUAGGAUUUAUCUGACAUGUUUGGUGUAUUUUACAAUUUUUGGCAGUUCGACAAAUAAAGUCUUUGAGUUCACCCGUA